AUGACCAUGGAUAAAAAGGAGCCGUCCGAUGCCAUGACUUCGGAUGAGAUGCUCUUAGAUAUCCGAGAAAAAUUUAAUCGAUGCACUAAGAUUCUACAAAGCAUAUCCAAUGACGAUAGAACCGAUGCCGCCGAGGCAAGAGAGCAAAUGGCAAGCAUUUACACAUGGGCUGUGGAUAUGGGCGUAUUCUGUGAAGCCCAGCUACAGUCGAUUGAUUCUCCAUUGAAACGCAAUCCGAAAACAGGUUAUCUGGUUAAACGCCUUCUCUCCGCACUUGAAGCCACACUUGCCUCGAGUCCAAUGAUUCUCCAGGACGUUCCUCUUCCCGAUUUACAUAAUAAAGAAAUAUAUAGCCUAUUUAAGAGUUAUGCGAGGCAAAAGAUUGAUAAACUUAUUCCCAACGCUAGCUCAAUGCUCCGGGAGCGCAUGGUUGAGUCGAUUGCAACAAGGCGGAUCCGGUUUCUGUUUAUCGAGCAACAUCACAAAACGACUUCUAUUCAAGGUGAACCAGCAACAGCGUUCCAAAAGAAGGAACCGAAGCCCUGCGAAGGGGAGAGCGCUCAAGCAGUGCCGCCAGCUGAUCGUCAAGAAGUAAUACGGGGUGGUAUUACCCCUAUUAAGUGUUAUUUGGAUCCGAGCACACAACCAAGCGUGAUACCAUCUCUAACGUUUACGAAGCUUGAAACAGAAAACCCCCAACCAGCUCAGGGCCAGCACGUGGAUUCCGUGUCAUCUGCGGAAUAUUCGACAGCGAUAGACCCUACAUGCGCCUCAUUUACUUGCCCAUACUGUUUUCUUAUCUAUCCACUAGAAGAAGCCAGUAGACCAAGUCUCUUAAGUCGGGGCCAUCUAAUUCACGACUUCGAACCUCUAUUCUGCGUAUUUGACUCCUGCUCGUCACCAUUCAUGAAUACAAGUGCAGCUACAUAUGAUGACUGGUUUGAUCAUAUACUUCAUGACCACACAAAAUCUCAAUGGCUUUGCUGGCUUUUCGGCAUGACUCCUAAACCACUUCUUGAAGAAUGUCCCUUUUGCGGCGAAUUCCCGGCGGAACUUGAAAAGGCUUAUCCCGACCAGAAGAGUGAUCAGGCAUACAAAGCUUUGGUGGAACAUAUCAGGGAUCAUCUAUUCAUGGUGGCAAUGGACUCUAUUUCCAGUUAA